CCGUCCGAUGAAGCACCAGGGUUUCACCUCGGGUAUAUAAAAUUCAUCCCCGCGACCCCGGCUCCAAAACCCUAGACGCGAACGCACCUCCUCCCUUCCUGCCCCCGACCGCCCCAGCCGCCGCCGCCGUCGCCGCCGCCGCCGACUGCAGCCAUGUCGCUGAUCGCGGGUGAGGAGUUCCAGCACAUCCUGCGUGUGCUCAACACCAACGUCGAUGGUAAGCAGAAGAUCAUGUUCGCGCUGACCUCCAUCAAGGGUGUGGGCCGCCGCUUCUCCAACAUCGUCUGCAAGAAGGCCGACAUCGACAUGAACAAGAGGGCCGGAGAGCUUUCCGCGGAGGAGAUGGACCGUCUGAUGGCGGUGGUGCACAACCCGCGCCAGUUCAAGGUGCCGGAUUGGUUCCUCAACAGGAAGAAGGAUUACAAGGACGGGAGGUUCUCCCAGGUCGUGUCCAACGCCGUGGACAUGAAGCUCAGGGAUGACCUUGAGAGGCUCAAGAAGAUCAGGAACCAUCGCGGUCUGCGUCACUACUGGGGCGUGCGUGUCCGUGGUCAGCACACCAAGACAACCGGCAGGAGAGGAAAGACUGUUGGUGUCUCCAAGAAGCGAUAAGCUGCUUGACAAAGAUCCUGCAUAGCUUUGUAUUACUGUGUUGGUCCAUUUCCAGAAUCUUAAGGAGUGUUCUUGUUUAGAUGAUUACCUUGGAUGAUGUUUUGCCCUAGAUAAUGUUUUGGUUCUGGAACCUUUAAUAUAUUGUAUCUUGAAUUCCAUGUUGAACUCUUCAGAGUUUGUUUUGCCAUGGGCUUUAAGUCAUUUGAAUGGUUGGCAAGAUUAUGUAUGUUCUAGCAUUUCUGUGAAUUACAGGUUUGUUGGCUAA